CGUGAAAAAAAAAACAGAAAUACAUAAUAAACGGGACGAAUUUGAAUGUUCAUAAUUUAGUUAUUACUGCAGCCAUGGUACAGUCUUGUUCGGCGUAUGGCUGUAAAAACAGAUACCAUAAGGACAAAAAUAUUUCUUUUCACAAGUAAGUUGAACUGCAGCCGGACGUUCCGCCGUGCGUUUUCGAAAGGAAGGCAAAGCAUACGACGUGGAGCCAUGGAGCCGCCAGCAUGUGUGCAGAGUGCGAAACCCUGGGCUGGGUGACGUGAGAUUCCCACUUGCACGUCCAGAUAUAUGUGGAAAAUGGGUGGCAGCAAUGAGAAGGAACAACUUCAAGCCAACAAAGUACAGCAACAUCUGCUCACAGCAUUUUACAAAAGAUUGCUUCAAACAGGAGUGUAACAACCGGGUGCUGAAAGAGAAUGCAGUUCCAUCACUCUUCUGCCUCGGCAGGACACAGAAAAAGGAAGAAGCUCUGGAUGGUCGAGACGUGCAAGAGGUGUCCUUUCCCCUGGUGCUUCCCAUUCCAGAGGCUGAGCAGUCCCAGGCCCAGCUGCAGGUGGUGGUGAACCCAGCGCUGCUCCCGAACACGUCAGUCCCCUGUGACCACAACUACACUGUGGAGGACACCAUGCAGCAGAAGAAACGAGUAGAGCAGUUAGAGGAGCAGCUGGACAAGCUACGCAAGAAGCUGAAGACCGUCCAGCAGAAGUGUCGCCGCCAGGAGAGGCAGCUGGAGAAGAUGAAAGCCAUGAAGGAGUCACAGGAAGCCAGCAGGGAGCCCAUAAUGAGAGAGAGCUACGUUAUCCUGCCCAAGGAGCUCUAUGACGUCCUGAAAGGAACAGAGCCUGUGGGUGGCUUGUAGUGGCCUUGACUGCCUGGGGAAACCCAGCAGAAAAUGUCAUGUAUUUCCAUUUUGGGUUCCUCUCAUUGCACUCAACAAAGUGUCAUCCAAUCCCAGGCUUACUGAUAAUCCAUCACUGGAAAUUUUAAGCAUCUAAAAGAGACUAGGAUGAUUCAGUUUUGGUGUACUGGUAGUGAACUGCAUUCAGGAAAUUCAGAGGUCCCUUAUAGACCAAAGCAAAGUGUGCACAGGUGCCGUGGAUAGUGUCGCAUGUGGAUUUGAACCCUGUUCAUGGUAGGUAUGAGUGUACAGGUUCACGACACUCCAACCAAGCCCUCGGCUGAACUGCCCUAAACGCUCUCACAUCAAAGGCUGUUAGAGGUUUAAAGAUGAAAGGCUGCUCUCACUUAAACCGGAGUUCAUAACCACUGGUCUAUGCAAAUCCUGGGUCGAACUAAUUAACUCUUAACCAAGGGUAGGAAAUGAUGGGGUUUGGGGUAAAUUAUCUAAUUUAAGAAAGCAUGCAAAAUGAUUGAAGCUGGAAUAGCAGUAUUAUAAGAUGUGUUUGUAAGAAUUUGUUUGUUUACAGUAAUAUUGCACAAAGGAUGUGGAUUGCGGCAGUAGUGAGGUAUUCUACAGUACUAAGAACAGCAGAGUUUAAUAACAUUUUAUAAGAUGCUGUGUACUGCUGUGUAAGUACCGAUGGUAGCACCAAUAAAAAGAAUGGCGAUGA